CACUAUUUUUCCAGAUUUGAUUCAUUCAAGUGAAUCUAAAUCAUGCUUUUGGAUCCGAACAAUCGCGUCUCUCGUCAUUUUGAUUCUUCUCUUUUUCUUCCUCCCCACCUUGUUUGGAUCCUGAGAAAACGAAGGAAAACAUGUACUCUAUGAGUCGGGUUUUUUACCAUUUGAUUCCUUCUUCCUGCAUCCAACUCUUCAGCUCUUAAUUUCUUAGAGAUCCAAAGAAAAUCCAAAAUUUCUCUGAAAGUUAAAGGCUUUCUAUUUCGUCCUAAGGGCAUAUUUAAUGGGUCAGGCUUUCUCCUUCAUUGACAGCGAUUCUUCCUCAGUGAUUCCUGGGAUUAUCUGGGGAAAAAACCCGAUGUGCAUUUCAAUCUCGCAAGUUUCCAGAUUCAGGAUCCAUUUUUUAGCGGGUUCUUGCUGGGGAAACGUCCAUGGCUGGCGCAGUACUCUCUGGAAAAGUUCCAGCCCGAAGCUGCUCGACUUCAGAGCUUCUGCAGUUGAUGGAAGAAAGAGAUGGGUCAGACGAAACGUUAGUACAAACAUUGAAGGCAGAAACAACACAAAGAACGGUAGUGGAAUCUCGGGUGAAUCGGUUCCAACAAAUGCUGUUAUAGACGUAGAGAGGACCGAGGUUUGGAGCGAGGUCCAGAAGUUACCGCUGUAUAGCAGCAACGUUCAGGAGCGGCUUGCUGAAUCCAAGAAUCUGUCCAGUCUACUAACCGUAAUUGUUUGUGAUAUCGAGACAACAGGCCUCAGCAGAGUAAACGAGCGGAUCAUUGAAUUUGCGUGUCAGGAUCUUGCGGGAGGUGAGAACAGCACAUUUCAGACAUUGAUCAACCCGGGUCGUUGUAUACCAAAUUCCCACAUCCAUGGAAUCAUGGACCAUAUGGUUCGAAGACCCGAAGUUCCUAGGAUGGAAGAACUGAUACCAAUACUCCUGCAGUAUGUAAGAAGCAGACACAAGCCUGAAGGUUAUGUAUUGUUUGUGGCACAUAAUGGUCGCACUUUUGAUUUCCCAUUCUUGAUCAACGAGUUCAACCGUUGCUCUUAUCAAAUUCCUCCAAAUUGGCUCUUUCUCGACUCCCUUCCUCUUAGCCGCGAGAAGAUGAAGUCUUUAGGGACCAAAGCUCAGUCAGGACUGUCAUUACAAGCACUAGGGCAAUACUACAACCUUCCUAAGAUCGGUUCGGCUCACAGAGCCAUGUCUGAUGUGAGACUUCUAUCUCUGGUUUUCCAGAGACUCACCUUCGAUCUGAAGUUGUCACUGCCCGACAUUGUCCUGCGCUCCUUCAGAGCUUCAGACAUUGGGAACUCGAAGAAGAAGAAGGCCUGAACAUACCCUUCAAAAGGCAUUGCUGACUCUUAUUGUUGUGUACAAAAAAAAAUGUACUCUGCAAAAGAUCUCAGUUACAUAACAAUUAUUUAUCAUAAUUUAUAAACCAUUGAUAACAAACAAUCUAAUGUAGCCAUAUUCAGGCAUAGGUCCAGGGAAAGAAAAAAGGUAUAUCAGAAUUGUAAUUUCAUUUCCCGAAUCAAUAAUAUUCAAUACAGCA